UUGCCGCUAUGCCCUUAUAUAAGCGCCGCAUAAGUUUUAGGAAAUCAAUUCAAGUCGAUCUCUCGAAAAGAAUCAGUUUAAAAUGAAAUUUCUUAUGAUUUUGUCCUGCCUGGUCCUCUAUGUGGCCCUCACCUUCGCACAAAGUUGCCCGGGACGUCCUCAUCCCCAGAACUGUUCGGGCGGCAAGGACGAAGGAGUUCGCCAUCUGCAUGGUUGCAUUUCGGACCCCAAUAACGAGAUGUGGUACUAUAACCAUAAUUUGAAUCGAUGCAUUAAGAUGCAGUACCACGGAUGUGGUGGCAAUUUCAACCGCUACUGCUCUUUGGUCAGUUGUCAACGUGACUGCGUUCGACGAACUUAAACAAAGUACACAAGCAUAUUUCCGGUGUUUUUUCUGACCCAAUACAAAUUCAUAAAAAGCAAAACUAAAACGUUUUUAAUUUUCGAAGAUUUUAAAUAGCAAGUUAUGGAAGUUAUGGAUGUACUUAUAUAAAUAAUAUAGAUGGGGAAAAAACAUAGAAACACACACAGUAUAAUGUUUUUAUAUGUAUAUAAUGUUUUUUCCUACUUUUUAAAACGAUGAG